GACGCGCCAAUGAGCGGGUGCGGGAUAUGCUCCGCGCGCGGGCCAGAUUGCGGGGUGCUUCCUUCCUCAUCACGACAACGACAGCUCUGCACGCCCAGGAUGCCCUUGCUGGUGCUCACACUGACGCCCGCGCUGCGUCGCCAAGUCGACGCAGCGCAGUUCUGCAACGACUUUGCCCAGGCGGCGGCUCGCGUUGCUGGACGGCAGAAGAAGUUCAUCUUCAUCAAGCUGGCUGAGGGAGAGCUGUCAUUCGGCGGCCAACUCGCAGAGCGUGCCUGGCUCUUGGAGUUUGUUGCCGCUGAGAUCGUCACGGAGGACAGGACAGCAGCGAUGUCGCGUGGCCUGUUCGAGUUUCUCGGAUCCGCGCUGGGCACAUCAAUCGAGCAGGGCGUCAUCGAGUUCCGGCCGCUGCAGCCCUGGGCUUCUGGCACGAUGGGCAUGACGUACGCCGAGCUGGAGCCGCAGCUGCGUGAGCGGGCGGCACAGCGACGGGCAGAGCGAGAGGGCCAGGACGACAAGCCAAGAGGCAGCAAGCUGUGAGAGGCGAGCCGUCCCGAUGUCCCUCUUGCUUCCUCUACCUCGCGAUGUGUGCUCCGGCAUACGCAAGACUCGUCGCGGCGCAAGGCUCUGUAUACCUUCAAACGGCCAUUAGCUCCGACCGGCUCAGCUUCGUGCCCUGUCUCUGUCACCUCAGCGCUGUGUUGCUCGUGUCGCGCGGCCGUCGCUGCUCGACGUUGUUCCUGCCCCGAUGCGCCCUUUUUCGCGCCCUCUGUCACUUCGCUGCGACAGUUGCAAUCAAGACAGACCUACUGACCUGAGUAGGGCCAUGAGAUGUAAUGUCAGGCGCUCC